CAAUGUUAUGGAACCCAGUAAAGAACGUUGUUGGUGCACUGCAAACUGCAAACCCUUGAAAUCCCUUGUGCUUGCUACAAUAGCUUUUCUCAUCACCUUCCAAUCUUUCUUUCUUGUGAUCUCAUCAUCUCCUGAACUUGAGGCUCAAUAAUCAUGGUUGCAAAACUUCAGGGUAGAGCUUAUCUUUCAUCUUUUGUUGAUGCUGUUUUGGACAAGCUGUCUGCACUCGAUGCCAACUCAACUCCAAUAGCAAGAAAGUUAGCUGACCAGAAGUUGUUUCGAAGUCUGAGGGCGAGUCUCCGUGCAACUCGCCUUGUGCUUGAUGAUGCUGAGCAGAAGCAGAUCAGAGACCAAGAAGUCAGGAAGUGGGUUGUUGAUCUCCAAGAUGCUCUCUAUUUGGCUGAUGACCUGCUGGAAGAAAUCUCCACUAAAGCUGCUGCUGUCACUCAAAGGGAUCCAGGUAACUCUUCUUCCUGGUCUCACUAUGUUGAUUCAAUCUUAGAAGAUAGUGAUGAUGGUGAAAUGGGGGUAGUAACUAGCAUGCAAGACUUAGUUGAUAAACUAGAGUCUAUCGUUAAGGAGAAAGAUGAUCUUGAUCUAAAGCAAGAGCUUGCCGAAGAUCCAGAGGACAUGUCAUGGAGAAUUCAAUCGUCACUGCUUGAAAGUUUUGAUAUAUAUGGAAGGGAUGAUGACAAGGAGGCCAUACUUGGAUUCUUGUUAGAUGACACUUGCAAUGAUAAAUUGUCUGUGAUGUCUAUAGAAGGCAUUGGUGGAAUUGUAAAAACUACUUUGGCUCAGUGGGUUUAUAAUGAUGCCAGAGUUAAGGGGAAGUUUGCUCCUAAAGCAUGGGUGUGUGUUGCUACAAGAUUUGAUCCUAUUAGUGUUUCAAAGGCUAUAAUAGAGGAUAUAACUUCUACUCCUUGUGACUUGGUUAACUUGAAUUCACUUCAAACUCAAUUGAAGAAAAAGUUAACAGAGAAGACAUUUUUGGUUGUCUUAGAUGAUGUUUGGGAUAAUCAACAAAAUUUGUGGGACAGUUUUCUAAAACCUUUUCUGAGUGGAAAUAAAGGAAGUAAAAUUCUUUUAACCACUCGUAAUAAAAAUAUUGAUUCUGUAGUAUCAACUAUGAAUCGACAUUACAAAUUAAACACAUUGUCUCCCAAUGAUUGUUGGUUAAUGUUUCUGAAACAUUCAUCAAUCUCUACUAAUUCUACACAAUAUCCAAUUCUAGAAAAAAUUGGUAGAAAAAUUGUUGAAAAAUGUAAGGGAUUACCUUUGGCAGUGAAGACACUUGGGGGUCUAUUGCGCAAUAAGCAUAUUAAAGGGUAUUGGGAGCAUAUACUAGAUACUAAAAUUUGGGAACUUUCGGAAGAUGAGAGUAAGAUUAUUCCAGCAUUAAGAGUUAGCUAUCAUUACCUUCCUUCACAUUUAAAGAGGUGUUUUGUUUAUUGCUCAUUAUACCCUGAGGAUUAUCAAUUCAACAAAAAAGAAUUAAUCUUGCUAUGGAUGGCUGAAGAUUUUGUGCGUCCAACAGAAAACAACACCCUAGAAAAUAUUGGUUGUGAAUAUUUUGAUGAAUUAGUUGCAAGGUCAUUUUUUCAACCUUCUAGUGGAGAUGUUAGCUUAUUUGUAAUGCAUGACCUCAUGCAUGAUCUAGCAACAUCUUUUACUGAGAAAUUCUAUUUUAGAGUCCAAGAAUUUGGGAUCCUACAAAAGAUUUGCAACAGAAUUCGUCAUUUGUCAUAUACUACAAAUCCUAGGGAUCCAAUCUUAAGUUUUGGAGAGGCCUAUAAUAGAGCAUGCAUAUGAGAACAUUUCUAAAUGUUAAUGUUCAUUUUGCAUCAAUUCAUAUUGAAAAUGAACUUUUGUUCUCACUUUUACAAUUGAGGUGUUUAAGAGUUUUAUCAUUUAAAUAUUUUUUUAUUGAGUCAUUGCCUGAUUCAAUAGAAAAUCUGAUCCAUUUAUAUUAUUUGGAUCUCUCUUACACACCUAUUGUCAGAUUGCCCGAGUCAUUGUGUAAAUUAUACAAUCUCCAAACUUUGAAGUUGAGUUAUUGUAAUAAGCUAGAGAUGCUUCCUAGCCGCAUGCAAGAUCUUGUGAACUUGCGCCAUCUUAAUAUUGAAGAAACUUUUUCGUUGAUAGAGAUGCCAAAGGGAAUGAGCAAUUUAAAACACUUGAAUUCAUUGUGGCACUAUAUUGUCGGGAGGGAUAAAGAGAAUGGGAUAAGAGAAUUGGGAACACUUGACAAUCUCCAUGGCUCACUUUGCAUUUCCAACUUAGAGAAUGUCAACAACAGUUGUGAAGCUUCAGAGGCAAAGAUGAGUAACAAGAAGCACAUCAACAUUUUAGAAUUGAAAUGGCUUUCACAUUGUGAUAUUGAUAUUGUUGAUUUUCAAAAUGAGAGAGAGAUACUUAACAAGUUACAACCUCACCGAAACUUGAAAGAGUUAUCAAUUGUGGGUUAUAGGAGUGAAACAUUCCCAAACUGGUUAGGCUUAGGUCUAUCUUGCUACUCCAAUAUGACCAAAUUGAGAAUGAAUGGUUGUAAGAAUUGUCGUCAGCUUCCUUCGCUGGGACAGUUACCGUCUCUGCAGCAUAUGGAGUUAUUUGGACUUGAUGGGUUGGAGAGGAUUGGUGGUGAGUUUUACAAGAACGGUGAAUCAUCUCAUGAGGGGACGCACUUCAGAUCCCUUCAAAGUCUGGCAUUUCAUAGAAUGCAUGGUUGGCGAGAGUGGCAUAUUCCUGAUGGGUUUGAUGGAUUUCCUAAACUCAAAAGGCUUUCAAUACAUGAUUGUCCGGUGUUAAGUGGAGAUCUGCCAGCUCACCUUCCGGCUCUGGAGCAACUUACCAUUUGGAAAUGCGAAGAGCUUGCGCUUUCACUUCAGAGAGCUCCCCAGCUCCACCAAUUACUUGUAAUGGGUACUGCGUGCUAUAGGAAUUCGGCACGGUGUGAGGUAUUAAUUUCAGAAACUCGGCAAACCAAGUCCGCAUUGAAGUGCCUGCCCCGCAUCCAAUCGGUGUAUCUCCAAGCUUUGAUAAUCAAGGAUUGUUGGUCAGCCAUAUCAAUUUCAGGAGAUUAUUUGCCCGCUACAUUACAAUAUCUCCAAAUCUGUAAUUGUUCAAAAUUAACAUUCUCAGAGCCAUUGCAACACACGUGGCUAAGGGAGAUAUUUGUGUACAAGUGUGAUUCAUUGACGUUGUUUCCGUUACUGGCUCUUCCAAAUCUCAAGGCACUCUCAAUCACAUAUUGCCCCCAUUUAGUAUCCAUGCCGGAGCUAAGGUUUGUUGCGCCCCACCUAGAGACGCUGUAUAUAGCAUAUUGCCCAGAAAUGGAUUCUUUUGGAGAGGAGUGCCUCCCGCGGAGCUUGACAACUCUUCGGAUCCAUAAUUGCCAGAAACUAGCGAGGUGGAUAACAUCCAAUGGUUUGCGGAGUCAAGGCCUUACCCAUCUUAUCCUUACUUUUUGGAAGGAAGUUAAGUCAUUCCCAAGAGAGGGUUGCCUUCCUACUUCCCUCGAGUCUCUACAAUUGUGGUACUUUUCAAAUCUGGAGACGCUAGACUGCAAGGGACUUCACCAUCUGACCUCCCUCCAACAAUUAACAAUUAAAUACUGUCCAAAGCUGGAGAAUUUCACACAAGAAAACCUUCCUGCCUCUGUAGCAAAACUCCGCAUUGGGGAAGAAUCUCCUUUGAGGCGCAAACUGGAAGAGAUGAACGAUCCACGAAUUCAAUAUAAACCUGAUGACUAUUUUAUAGGAUCCGUCAACAAUUUAGAAAUACUAAUGAGGAUUUGAGGCAAGGUGGGACUUGGAGUACUCUGAAGUAAGUUUUAGCAUUUGUUCAUGUUUAUAAGAACAUAUGGAUCAGUUUGUUAUACCAAUGAAUCUGUCUAGAACCACGAACUAUUUCAAUUACAGAAGUUGCUUCUCCUAUAAAUGAAGCAGAUAAUCAAAGAGUGUAAUGUUGCAAGAAAUUCAUAGAUACGGUAAUGCGAGCAUUCAAUGAAAAGCAGUGCAAGGAUGCCUUUUUUUUCUUAAACAUCUUGUCAGUGCUUGGCGCAACACACACUUCAUCCAUUUUCGAUGGGUUUCUUUUGAUAUAGAUCCUGAAAUUCAAUAUAGAUUUUCUUACUGGAAUUGUUGAAACUAUGACUGGGACUGCCAUUCAUUCAAGUUUCAUGAUCAACAAUCACAAGUUCAUUAAGUCCAAACUCAAGGAAUACCCUGAGUUUUGAAUUGGGAACUUAGGAAUAAGAGUUGGCUGUGAGUUUUGAAUUGGGAACUUAAGAAUAAGAGUUGGUUGUAACUCCCCAUUCUGUAUAUAUAGUUAGGGUGUUAAUUUUUAUUUUACUUCUAUUUUGAGUCUAUUUUGAAUCGCUUUUUUUAUUGGCUAGUUUCCUAGAUUGCCUUUUUGUAUCUUGUGUAUAAUCAUUAAUCAAUGAACGAGGUUAUUCAGUUUCAUAUCA